CUUAUACCCGGGAGAGCAGCGGCCCGCAGCCCAGAGCCGGAGCGCGAAGAAGCCUCGCCGCCCCUGGCCGGCCCGCGCGCCCCGCUGCAGCUGCGCUAGACCGUAGCCGCCUGGGAGGCACCUCGCCGGCAGUUAUGGAGAAAACUUCUACAGAUGCACUUCCUCUUACUGUGAAUUCUUUAGAAAAGCAAGAGGCCAUAUGUAUUUUUGGAACUGGAGAUUUUGGAAGAUCACUGGGACUUAAAAUGCUCCAAUGUGGUUAUCCCAUUGUUUAUGGAAGUCGAAAGCCCUGGAUGUCCAGUCUGUUGCCUAAUGGUGCAGAGGUCUUGAGCUAUUAUGAAGCAGCCCAGAAAUCUGACAUCAUAAUCAUAGCAAUCCACAGGGAGCAUUAUGAUUUUCUCACCAAACUAACUGAGGUUCUCAAUGGGAAAAUACUGGUUGACGUCAGCAACAAUCUCAAAAUCAAUCAGUAUCCAGAAUCGAAUGCAGAGUACCUUGCUCAGUUGGUGCCAGGAGCCCUGGUAGUGAAAGCAUUUAACACUGUCUCAGCCUGGGCUCUCCAGUCUGGAGCACUGGAUGCAAGUCGGCAGGUGUUUGUCUGCGGAAAUGACAGCAAAGCCAAGGAGAGAGUGAUGGACAUUGUUCGUACUCUUGGGCUAACUCCGCUGGAUCGAGGAUCCCUCCUGGCAGCCAAUGAAAUUGAAAACUACCCCCUGCAACUAUUUCCAAUGUGGAGGUUUCCCUUCUAUUUGUCUGCUGUUCUGUGUGUAUUCCUCUUUUUCUACUGUGUUGUAAGAGACGUAAUUUAUCCUUAUGUUUAUGAAAAGAAAGACAGCACAUUUCGCAUGGCUAUUUCCAUUCCAAAUCGUAUCUUUCCAAUAACAGCACUUACACUGUUGGCCUUGGUUUACCUGCCCGGUGUUACUGCCGCCAUUCUGCAGUUGUACCGAGGCACGAAAUACUGCCGAUUCCCAGACUGGCUUGACCAUUGGAUGCUUUGCAGAAAGCAGCUUGGCUUGGUAGCACUGGGAUUUGCCUUCCUCCACGUGCUCUACACACUUGUGAUUCCCAUUCGUUAUUACGUACGAUGGAGGUUGGGAAACAUAACCGUUACCCAGGCAACGUCCAAGAAAGAAAACCCAUUUAGCACCACUACUGCCUGGAUGAAUGAUGCAUAUAUAGCUUUGGGAAUCCUUGGGUUUUUCCUGUUUGUACUCUUGGGAAUCACUUCCUUGCCAUCAGUUAGCAACACGGUCAACUGGAGAGAGUUCCGAUUUAUCCAGUCCAAACUGGGUUAUUUGACCCUGAUUUUGUGCACAGCCCACACCCUGGUGUAUGGCGGGAAGAAAUUCCUCAAUCCCUCGAACCUCAAAUGGCACCUGCCUUCAGCCUACGUGUUAGCGCUCAUCAUCCCUUGCACUGUGCUGGUGAUCAAGUUGAUCCUCAUCCUGCCCUGUAUAGACAAAACCCUUACACGGAUCCGCCAGGGCUGGGAAAGGAACUCAAAAUCAGCAUUGAAUGGAAGAACAGAUAUUUAAAGUGAAGUUCAAUUCACUCCGACUUCUGAACUACACAUUAUUAAAUGUUUAGAGAUGAAUAAAUAGGUUCAGUUAAGAAAAAAUUUUUCUCCCAUUGUCAUCUGAAGUUUGUGAAUGCAAAAGGAAAUGUUGCCUGACUUUGAGAAAUUGACAGAUUGGAAGAAAACUCCUUUUUAUGUCAGGUUAGUGAUGAAUCAGUGCAGGCACCUGCCUCUCCUUUUCCCGGAGGCAGCAUAGUUGAGGUCGCUUUGUGGUUUCACACUGAGAAGCUUCUUUAUUGUGGACAACAUGCAUGACCUAAUGUCUUGCAAAAGCCAGAGGAAGCACACGCAACUUCCUUCUCUAGCUCGAGGACUAAGUAGAAUGAAAGAGAAAAUAGUAAGAUGUUUGCCACUGACAACCUUAUUAGGUGUGUCUAUAGAAAGGGCCAAAUGAAGUAAAAGGAAUGAGAUCUUUUUUGUUCUUUGGUUUUCGGGAAGUGAAGGUGAUCAUAAAUAUUGCCAUAGUGAAUUUGGCAACUGAAUGUGCUCUUUGACUUUGCUUUUACCAAUAUGGACAUGUACUGUGGGGAACUGUUUUAUAACACAACAAAAAUACCACAAUUGAUUCAAAAUAACCAUGAGUUGGAUAUAUUCAAAUCUGUACAGUUGUCAUAAGAUCUUUUGUACAAGGAAUAGAUACAGGAAAGAUUGAGUUCAAAUUGAUGGAUAUUCACCUGGGUUUUCUCAAUGUACAAUAAGCAGGGAAGGGGUGAUAAAAGUUCUUUCUGAAAAAGCUCAAAUAAACCAGAAUUCUAGUUAACAAACUAAAUAAAUUUUGUAAAGUUGCACUAUAUUAGGUUUGGUAUUAUUUAGGUAUUGUGGUAUACUUUGUAAAUAGCAUAUUCCAAAUAUUAUUCAAUAUUAUUCACCAAUAAAGUGAAUUUGAGUAUUAAAAAGUUGCUUUUACACUUUGUCAUAGCUUAUUAUAAUUUCAAGUGGUGAAAUUAAAUAAGCAAUGAAACUGUAAGUUUGAUGCACAGAUGAGAGAGAAUUAUGGUAAGUCUUAGGGCAGAGAGGUGUGAACAGUAUUUAUAAUCUGAGACUUGGUUCUCUCUCAAAUCCUUGCUGGAAUACACAACAGUUGUGUCUGUUUUCUGUGCUGACACUGCCAUUUCUAAGACGACCUCCUGCAGGAUCAGCCUUCCUGGCUCAUGAGUGGAGCUGAAAGAAGCCUUAUGCAUGAUCUUCCCACGUACCAAAAUAACCAAAAGGCUUUGGGUUUGACAUUUUUCUGCCUGCUCUGCAAAGGCCAUUUCAUUUUUUUUUUUAACUUUGAUCAUCAUAUAUUCUAGAUGACAUUAUACACAAUGAUUAAAAUAUAUUAAAACAUUACCCACAAUCCAGGAUACUUUUUUAUAAAACUUUCUCAAACUAGUUAUGUAUCUAUCCUGGAUAUUCUAUUUAAAUCCUUUUUCACUUCGUGUAUCAGUGGCUUUGCUCUCUGGUUCACCUGGUGAACUGGGUUUGUUCACCUGGUGUAUGUAUUUAAUUAGUGGCUGCAUGUUAUUACAUCAAAUGAGCAUUUAUUUAGUCGCUACGCUAAUUAACCAUAGAGGUUAUAUCCAUUUUUUUACUAAAGCAAGUAAAAGUUCAGAGAGUAUCUUAGCAUUUAUAACAUUUUUCCAUGUUUUAAAUCAUUUCCUUAGAAUACUUGCCAAGAAUUCGGAUUCCAAAAUUAAAGAACUUCUAACAACAUUUGAUAUAAAUUAUUUCUAAAGUGACCUUGUCAAUAUCAUUGUUACUGGAUGAGGGUGUUGCUUUCAUCAUACUCUUAUAGGUUUUGCUUUUCAAGAUAUACAGAACCUGUGCACCAUUCAUUUAUCCUUGAUCCACUCAAGUAAGGAUACAAAAACUCUGAAAGAGGAGCAGAGCUGUGGAGUGUGGUGCUUGACCCUAGAGCGUCAGUGGGAAAGGCAAGGAAAGUGUCACUAUCACCCACUCUCCCUCAGGCAAAACAGUGAAGGGUUGUAGGGUUGGAACGUGCUCUUUGGUUAAAGAAUUGGCUGAUUAGAUUAAGGACCAUCUAGGGUGAUCUAGAUAAGAGAGCCCUUGGGGUUAACCAGGCUUUUUUGUAAAAGAUGAUAGGAUUCACUGGGUCACAGUUCAUCGCUAAAAAUAGGAAGUGCUACUUCUAGGUAAAAAAAAAAAAAAACUUACCCAGAGUAAAAAGGCCCCACUUUUAUAACUCAGUAAAAAUACCUUAUCUGGGUAUUUAAUAAAAAGCCAUCAUGAGGCCAGGCAGGUAAAGAGCGCCCCCUGGUGGCUUUGGCAUAACAGUGCAUUGCAGGCUGAACUACAGCCUCAACUACAAGGGUUUUCUUGCUGACCAGAUAAGCCAAAUUCCUCCCUUGAUGCCUCCCAACACUCUUCCCUCCCCAAACCAUCAAACAAGUUUGGCCAUCUACAGAUGACUCCUCCGGGUUUUUUCAGGUGGAAAGAAUGAGUUUGGAAUGGAUGGAAAUAGGUGCAUUGUGUAACUGUAUUCCUAUUAACGGGUCCAAACUGUUCUACAUAAAGUUAGAUUGAACUUCACUGUUGGUGUGUUUCUUAUAUUCUAAGAAGACUUUUAUUAAACUCAUAGACCUUUUAUUUUUGUAUGUUUUCCCCAUGUUGAUGGAUGACAGCUUUUGUAUAUAUGUACUCACUAAACAUUUUAAAAAUA